GCUGACAGUUAAGGACUCGUCCUUGCUCCAGGCACCAGCUGUUGGGAGGGACCAUGGAUAUGUCUGCACCCAUAGGUGGGUGUCCCUGCACCUAUAUAUAUAUCCCACACCUGCAACCAGGACAUGAUCUGAGGAGCCACAAGACAUCACCGUCAACUCUACAGACGCCGUUGUGAAGAUGGAGCCGUGCUGGCUGGUUGUUGUGGUUCUUCUCUCCUUCUCGUCUAGUUCUGCAGAGUGGUGUUACACGGAGCCGUCCUGUGAUCCUUCUACUUGGGCAUCAUUGGGUUCCUGUAAUGGAUCCCGUCAGUCCCCGAUCGAUAUCCCCGAGGACUCUGCUAAGUUCAAUGAGAGUCUGGGCCCAAUUGUGUUCAAGAACUACAGUAACCAGCAAACCCUCCAGAGCAUCAGCAACACUGGACACACAGUGGAAAUUGCGGUCAGUACUGGAGUCUCGGUGUCGGGCGGCGGCCUCCCCUCCACAUAUGAAGCUAUUGCUUUUCAUUUUCACUGGGGAAACGGAACGUCGGGCUCUGAGCACCGGUUGUCUGGAAAGCAGUUCCCUAUGGAGAUGCACAUUGUCCACACAAAGGGAGGAAUGAACCUUUCACAAGCCAAACAAGACCCCAGUGGAAUUGCAGUUCUGGCAUUCUUCAUUGAUGUGGCAGACCCCACUAAUCGAUCCCAGCUGGGGGUUCUCUCGGAUCAGCUGGAUGGGCUGUCAGCUGGUAAAUUGUUGAAUGUGAGCGUCUCGCUGGCUGAUCUCCUGGGGGACGUCAAUCUCAAAAUGUAUUACCGCUAUAUGGGCUCGCUCACCACCCCCACCUGUGAUCAGGUCGUGCUCUGGACCGUCUUCAAGACUCCAAUAACCGUCCCCUCCAAAGUUGUAAGCGCAUUCUCAUCUGCUGUAAAAACAAACGUGACAGGAAAUUUGGAAACUCUGCAGAACAAUUUCCGUCCCCCGCAGUCUCUUAAUGGGCGCAGUGUGCAGGCCUCAUUCUCUAGAUCAGCAGCUCUGUCUCCUAAUAGCACCGCAGCAUCGUCUAUGACCGGCAGCUCCAGUGCCACGCUCGGCUCCAGUGCCAUGCUCAGCUCCAGUGCCACGCUCUCUACCCUCAUGUUACUGCAGCUUUUUCUGACAAGAUGGUGACCACAUAAGCAGACGCCAUUCAGCCUAAUAUGUCCCCCACUGACUCCCAUGGUCACGGGCCACCUCCACCUCAUUAUUUCCUAUGGAUGUUUGUAUAUAAAAGAAGAACCCUGGAGAUGACUGCACUGCAUAUUCUAAAUCCAGACCGUCGCCAUAGACCAAUAAAUCUGUAUAUUCA